CCCUCCACCAACCACCACCAUCUCUGUGGCCUCCUCAUCUUGUUCGGCUCCAACUUCCUUCUUCACAAUGAUGUCAUCCACCUCUCCGGUGGUCUCGUCCUCCACACGGAUGAUAGCAGCCGCUGUUAAGAGAGUUUCAGAGGGGAGGGGGCAGAGAAAGGCGAGGCUCUGUUGUCAGAUCUGUCAGUCUAGCCAGCCUGGCCCCUCCCACCUCAGUGGAGGCAUUACAUACUGCUGGUGCUCGUGCUCUUAGCAACGGUGCCUCAGCAACAGAGCCACGGCAACAGAGCUCCACGGCAACAGCGUGCCGUGUCUCCCCAAUGGAGCUGCCAUUGGGCGGACCAGCGCUCAGGCACUACACCCAGAGCAGACCGAGACCUCACCGACAAAAACUGAACUAUCGUCCCAGCAGACCGCAGGAGACAAUAAUUGAGAGUGAAAAUGAAGUCCUUGAGCUCAUGGGGCGAGUGGAUGAAGGCGUGGAAGAGUUCUUUACUAAGAGAGUACUUCCUGCUGACACACUGAAACAGCAAGAUGAGGAAAUUAUCACAGUGCACGAAGUGGCUCCUGCCAGCUCUGUCCCUUGUCCACCCCCAACCAAAACACUCAGGAGGAAGCUUGGUGAUUUCUUUACACUCAAAAAGAGGCGAGGUUUGAAAUCAGAGACGAGCCACGAGGGGCGUCCCAAAAAGGCCUCCAUCGCCGAUUUCAUUCGCCCUCUCAGGGAGGUCGCCAGAUCUGAGAAAGAAAAAGAUAAGGACCGAGUGAAGGAGCACGACAAGGAAAAUGAAAAGGAGAAAGCGAAACAGCAGCCCAGUGCUGUUGCUGGAGAGUCAACUGUUCAGGAGACACCUGUUUCUGGUGCUCCGCCGCUGAGGGGUGAAGCGGCGCCUCCCCGCCGAGCUCUCAGAGAGGGGAAGUCCCAGUCUCUCAUUUUACUGUCUGGAUCAGCAGCAGGGACCACUAAUGCCAGAAACACUGCAAAGAAACAAUUUGAAGGCCAACAUAGUUUUGAACAGAAACUCCAUCUGAUGCUACAACGUAUUGGAGUUUCCAAACCACAGCCAGGAGAGACACAGAAUCAAGAAGGAGAGAUGAAGAAGGCAGAGUCUGAAGGUACCAUCAUCGACAGUAAACCUGAGCCACCUCCUACUUUCUCAAAACCUCGAACGAUGUCUGCGUCAUCAGACACAAGGCAUCAAAUUCGGGCGAGUGUGUCAGCACACGAGGCAGCUGGGAAACCUGCUUUGCUUCCAAAGCCAGUUAUCAAACCAGGUCCACCUCCCACGACAUCUGGGCGCAACACACCUGAGAACGAGCUAGCCCAAAUACAGGAAGCGGAGACAAACACGCCCACUAAACUCAGUCCAGCUGCAGCUCCAACAACUGCUGUUGCUACCACCGCUCCUGCUGCACCGACAAUCUCCACCCCUGACUCAGCCGAUGUUACAGUUUCCCCUUCAAGUACUGUACCUCCCUCUGACACAGAUAUAUGCACUGACUCUGUCAACCCUUCUGCAGCAGCUACAACACCCACGAAUGGUACAGUGCUUGACAGCGAAGCCUCUGUCCCCGAAGCUAGUACUCCUACCACUGAGUUACCCACCUCUACUGUCCCGGCAACACUUACAAGCACCACUACACCUACAGAGCCCCCCGCCACUGUCUCAGUUACUUCCACCCCCUCCUCAGACUCCAUUACUCCAAGCCUCCCUGUCACUUCCGACUCAACAACAAUAACUAGGCCUUUCAUUACCACCUCGGAAACUGCUUCUGCUCCCAGCAAUGAAAUUUCAGUUUCCACAGCAUCAACAAAUCUGUCAACUAAAUCGACUUUGCCAGAGCCAAAUGAUGUUCUCUCAGCUGAUGCUACCCAUGCUGCUGUUGGUGAUGCAGCUAUUUCUGUCACCACCGCUGCUUCUUUGCCCUCCACCAGCACAUCAGAUAUGCCGUCGGGCUCGUCUACCACCAUUAGUCCAGUUGCAGAAGCUACCGAUGAGUCCACUUCAGCCACAUCUAGCAACUCCGUAACAUCACUUUCAUUAGUCACUACAACUGCAUCUCCUCCUCCUAACUCAAGUGAUAUAAUUACUGCUGCAGGUUCACAUGACGCCCCCAUCACCUGUUCCUCCACCAUGAGCUCUGCUGCCCUUCCUCCCACCACCUCCACCUCUUCCACCACUGCUGAAACAAUAAGCCCAACAUCCAGCAUGAACUCUGUCUCCACAUCUACCAUUAUUCACCCUGCCGCCACUAGCUCUACUGAUAUCUCCGCUCCCUCCACUUCUUCCAGUGAAACAAACCCCACAGACACCACCUCCACCGCCACCAGUCUAAAGCGAGCAGAUACCACUUCCACCCCUAGUUCAGCCGCUACAGCUGCCAUUAGUUCCCCACUCAUGACUGACUCAGACCCACCUUUGUCCAACAAUGUCAGCACUAUCCUCACACCAGCUAUCUCUAGCCUGCCCGCUACUGAUAACUCAAGUGCUACUUCUCACCAUUUCACCACUCCGGCACCCUCUAAUGAUAGCCCAGGCCAAGAUAACGAUUUGCAGACCUCUGCCGAAGAAAAAUCCGCCUGUAGAGCCUGCAGAAAAAGGCACUGCAGACGAGGAGCCUGAGAUGGUUCAAAAGAGCAAGAUACCUGAGAUGGAUGAGAAAAAGGAAGUUAUUGAUGGUGAGGAGAAGAAGAGCGGAGGUGACGAGGAGACACCAACGCCGGGUGACAGCGAAGUGACAAGAAAAGACGUGCAGGAAAAAAGUGUGAAAGCUGAAGAAGUCACAGCGGCGGAACCUGCAUCAGGGAAAGAGGGUGAGCGAAGCAAAGAUGAGGCCGUGAUCGAGGCUCAGAAGCAAGAAGAAACAAAGUCAGCGAGUGAUAAGUAAUUAAAAAAUAAAGCAGUUGCUAAUUACGGGACCAACUACUGUGACAGGGGAAGAAGAGGCCACAGUAAAGGGUAAAAAGACGGGGAUGAUCCAUGGCACUUCCUACAGGGACCACCACAUUACAGCAGCACACCACACAGGGUGGGCCACUGGACCAAAGAACUGAGAUCCCCUCGGUGUGAUGUAAUCAACAAAUCCAGCAGUGUCUUUGUCCUUUUUUAACUUCUGUUUGAAAUUUUGCAUUGCACGUAUGAUUAUGUACCAUAAGAAAACUACUGUGGUAAAAUACACCAUGUUUACAAUAGAUGGAUAAGAGACAUAGUUAUGACUAUUAAAUGGAAUAUUCAAUUGA